AUGGGUAACUCGAUAAUCGGCGGGACUCAUAAGUUCUCGUUUGUCCCCGGCUUCUUCGCGGAUUACGCCCAGAUUGCACACACAUUGCCCGAUGGCAAAAUCUCAACCCAGCCUGCUCUGGGAAUCUUAUCGCGAGAUUAUGAUAGUUUGGGUACUGACUUGCAAUUCGAUAAAGGGGUUCCUCAGUGGGUUCGAUUUGAGAAGUAUAUCCAAUAUCUUAAUCAGCAGCAUGUAAAUGACGGUAUAUCGUACAAAUUGAUGUAUGUAAUAAGACAUGGGCGAGGGAUUCACAAUGUGAAAAUGGAUGAACUUAAGAUAUCUGAAGAGACUGGGCAGCUCGAGCUGGUGGAUGGAAUCCCAUUAAACUGGAAAAAUCAUUGGUCUCACAAGGAUGGAGAUGACAAGGUAACAUGGGUUGACGCCCAACUUGUGGAUGAGGGAAUCACAGAAGCAAAGAAUCUCUCCAAAUUAUGGCUAGAAGAAGCCGAGAAAGAUGCUCUUCCUUUACCCGGAACUAUUUAUACCAGCCCCCUUGCGCGAUGUCUUGACACGACGAAGCUUGUCUACACACCCGUCAUGAACAUGCACGGGAAGCCUCUUAAGCCUGUGAUAAAGGAAAACCUCAGAGAGCGAAUCACAGACCAUACGUGCGAUAGACGAAGUUCCCGGUCGUGGAUAAAGCAAAACUACCCCGAUUACAUCAUUGAAGACGGCUUUUCGGAGCUAGACACAAGUUGGAAAGCUGAUUCAUCGGAGUCACUCGAGCAGCAUAUAAAAAGGAUACAGCAACUUCUCAACGAUAUUUUCGCACAUGAUGCUUCUCCUAUUAUCUCGCUAACAACUCAUUCCUAUACUAUUACAGCGCUCCUGGCGGUAAUCGGGUAUCCAAAAUUCAUGGUGAAUGAGGGAACAAUGGUGGCGUUGUUCGUUAAGGCAGAACGGCCUGCAGCAGAAAGUUCAGCUUCUUGA